AUGCCCCAUUCUGUCCCUGAAUCCAAAUGUUCCGAAUCAUGCCUUCCGGGAUUUGCAAAGAAAAUAUAUAAGGUAUUCUGCUGCUACAACUGCACAAAGUGUGAGGCGGGAACAUUCAGCAAUGAGCACAACCUUGAAAACUGCUUGGAAUGUCCUAAUAAAACCUGGUCAUUGAAAGGGUGGAAUCAUUGUGAACCAAGGAAGGAAACCUACUUCAAAUGGAAUGAACCUUUUGCCAUUACAUUGGUCACUUUUGCUGGGAUAGGGAUUCUACUUUUGUUUGCUGUGCUCAUAAUUUUUCUGAUUGGUCGCCAUAGCGCUGUAGUUAAAGUGGCUGGAGGCAAACUCUGUUUUUUGAUGAUGGGAGGUCUAGUCACUAGCUUUUGUGCUGUGAUGCUGUUUGUAGGUAAACCCAAUGAACAAAUCUGCAGAUCUCGUCAAACCUUGUAUGGCCUUAGUUUUACAUUGUGUGUCUCUUGCAUCCUGGUAAAGGCGUAUCGUACUUUUCUUGCCUUUCUUAUGAACCAAAAUAAUAUCCUUAAAAAGCUUUACAGGCCACCGAUUAUCAUUGUUUGUGGAACAGCCAUCCAAGCGCUUAUAUGCACUUUCUGGCUGAUCUUUGAUUCUCCUAAGCUUGAGAUCCAGACUACGGAUGACAGCAUGGAAAUUCUACUACAGUGCAACGAAGGGUCUAACUGGGGCUUUGGGUUUAUGUUAGGUUAUAUCGUUCUGCUGGCCCUCAUCUGUUUUAUUUUGGCCCUGAAAGGCAGAAAGGUUCCAACACGAUUCAAUGAAACUGGCUACAUCAUUUUCAGUGUGGUCAUUUAUAUAUUUGUUUGGGUCUGUUUUAUCCCCAUUUACAUCACUAAACUGCAGCAGCGCUCAGGUGUUCAGGCAGCUGCCAUUGUUGUCUCCAACUUUGGCAUCAUUUUCUGCCACUUCAUCCCCAAGUGCUACAUGAUACUUUGCAAAAAUAAGAAGGACAUCACAACUCAGGCAUACAAAGAUAGAGUGCGAAUCUAUUCCAUCCAAUCCACCAACUCAGAACUAAACAACGUAUCAUUGGACUCUGGGGAGGGGACCAUGGAGUCAGAUAAUUGGGUAAGGAAGUCAAGAAAUUCAGUAAUCACCAUCCAUUCUUCAGAUUCAAGAACAAACUUUAUUGAGUUGUCACCUAACUCAUUCAGCUCAGUUGAAACAUUAAGAAAACUGGAUAAGCUAUGGAACUCCUCUUCAACUUUACGAAAAAGGACUCGCACACAAUCCAUUUGAUUUUUGAUUUUGAGAGUACAAUUCUAACUAAAAUGUAUUUUGCACUCCUGAGCAACUUUGUUACAGUGAGGGAUUUAAUUUUUUGAUCUCCUGCUGAUUUUGUACGUUUGCCCA